AUGCCGGCCCAGUUCGCCAGCGACCCGCCUCUGUGGCUGGCCCGCUAUCUGCCCAGCACGUGUCUCGACCGCGGCUACUUUGCCUGGUUUCUGCGGGAAUACGAGCCUCUGCUCCAGCGGUUCCUCGACGCCAUGCGACGCGCAGAACGCGAGCGGCAGACGACGACGACGACGACGACGACGCCAUCAGAGCAGACGCCGCUGUCGACUCUGAUGUACGACUCGUGGACCACGGGACGCGUCUGGUUCGACUAUGCGCUAAACAACUCCGACCAUGUCGACGGCAUCUAUUGGGCUGUGUUUCACCGGUCCGAGUCCGCGCCGGAGCUGCCCUCGGAGGCAAAGGCGGAGAUGGAGCGGUACGUGCAGUUUACCGCAUCCCAGCUCGCAGACUAUGAGGAUUCUUGGGAUUCGUAUUUCCUUGCCAAGGCAGAGGCGUAA